UUAAAGUUAGCUUUUUUUUUUUUUUUUUUUUUCUUCCUGGAGGACAUCUCCGCGUAUCUGAAACUGCGGGGGGUUUUCUCCAGAGCACAUUUGCUCCCUACAGAACGCGAUCACAAACCUAUCAACUCCUGGUCCACCAGGGGGAGCACUUCACCAGCACAAAACAAACCUUCCCCAAAGGAAGUCACCGAAGGCGCCGCUUCCUCUCAACUCACGCAGCUUGACGGCGACCCGGAUUUUUAUCGGCUCUCCGAGCUGUGGCACUCACAUACCUAACACUGAUUUCCCACGUCCAGCCUCAUGCCGGAAAUAACUUCGUCCCUGCUUGCACACCGCCUUUCUGUGGGCCAGACCGGUAGAUGGAUCAAACUACUGAUUCUGUAUGUAUUCAAGCGCAGGAGUGAAAUCAGGCACCCGAUCGUUAAUGUGGCGUGUAAGUGCGCGUGUGUUUGUGAGAGGGAAACAGACGACACACUCCCACAGGUCCUGAAGCCAGGCAUCCACCGCCGCUCGCUGAUUCUACCAGGCCCUUCUUCAGCAAGGCCUUUGGCUGGAGCCCGGUGGCUGGGAAGGAAAACAGCUGUCAGAGAAAGGACCCGUGUUGAUAAGCCGUUUGUGCACACGCUCAGACUUCACCCCCAGCCUGUCCAAACAAAACAGCUGUGGGCGCAGCGGACCUGUGUACGGAUCGGAACCCCCAAACCUGCUGAGAAAAAAACAGAGCGUCACAACAGUCUUCCAGUGGCUUCAAAAUUCAUGGAAGGCAUUGCCCUUGGGGAACCGAGUUUUACUUUUCAUAAGGGCUUGUUCCUUGGGCUCCUUAUCCUCAGCCUCCUUCCAGGCGCCUCUGUUUCUUCCUCUGCUAAUAGCCUCCCUGCCGCGGAAGGUGCGGGCUCUGGGAUCCACGGCUUUGGCGUCAACGUGGGAAUUGGUUGGAAAUGCAGAACUUCAGGCCAUAUCCCAGACCCCCCUGAGUCAGCAUCUGCCUUUUCACAAAACCCCUUGGGGUUUGGAGUGUAUGUUUCAUAGUCGAAACUCGACUCACAGAGACCCUUGUCUUGGGACUGGUCUGCUUUGUUUUUUUUUAAUGUUUAUUUAUUUUUGAGACUGAGAGAGACAGAGCAGGAGUGGGGAGGGUCAGAGAGAGAAGGAGACACAGAAUCGGAAGCAGGCUCCAGGCUCCGAGCUGUCAGCACAGAGCCCGACGCGGGGCUCGAACUCACGGACCGUGGUAUCGUGACCUGAGCCGAAGUGGGAUGCUUAACCGACUGAGCCACCCAGGCGCCCCUGGUCUGCUCUUUUUAGAAUAGGCAGAUGAGAUGCGUAGAUGCGUCCCUUUAAAUAGGAUGAACAGGUGUCACGAUUAUUACAUGGCCUUAGGUUAUAUGCCACCGACCUCAGAAGCAGCAGCAUGGAAAAAGAGGGUUCAGUGUUGAAGGUAAAAACCAACCAAACAAAACCCUCAGCCUCCAAUCUUAGCUCUGGCCCUCGGAGCCCUCACUUUCCUCACUGUCCCUGAUAGGUAUUAACUCCACUGGGAAGGUUAAAGGACCCCCCCCACCCCGACACGUGGAAGAUACAGGUGAUAUUUUUCUUUCCCUUCAGAAUCAGGUUUCCCAUCGAUGACUGUUAUCGAGGUAUGUGGUUAUUAAUAUUUUUCCCUUUACUAUUCUUUUUUUCCUGCUAAUUUUUUGCUUGUCUUAUUACUUCCGCAUAAAACCGGGAGAGAGAAACGGUGAGCCUCCAGUCAGCCUGUAUACUUACUCACAAGUUGCUUCGUUGAAUAAUUCUGGAAAAGGAGAACACUGAAAAAAAAACUAAAAUGAUCAUUUGGGA